ACCACUGCCUCGGCUGUGUCGUCUCCCUGGGAGGGGAGAGAGCUGUGUUGUUAGUUUGAACAAAAUGGCUGCAGGAUCCCUGUCAGCGAGAGCGCACUGAACUCGUAUAAUGACUGUCCACUCCUCCGUUUGGAUUCACCGAGAAUGUAUUUUCCUGGAUUCAUUUUUCAACUCGCAUUCGCGCUAGCCAGCUCGUCGGUCAGAUGUUGUGGCUCCAGCUAGCUUCCCAGCUAGCAACCUAAAUCGAAUACAUUUCUUUUUGCACUUUAAAAACAAGUUGGCUCCAUGCGCACUCGUCUGCGCUUUUAAUUCGAAUUGUCUCAAUCUUUCUCCUGCAAAACCUUGUGGUCAAAUCGAUGACACACGCCAACUACAGCGCACACUAUUCAGCUGCUUUCAGAAUAAUUUUUUUGCGUUAGUUUCUUGACCUAUGCUUAUUUCCACCGAUAUAUAUCGUGACGGUGGUUGAACGAACUGCUUCGAGCAAGUGUUACUUUUUGAGGAUUUUCACUGCAAAAAGAGUGGCUGUGUGUGUCUGGCUGUCUAGCCAUCGUUAAACGUUACCUCGGUGAUCCGCCACCCAUCUGCUCACGCAGCAGUCGGCACCCCAGCCUCCGCACGGCGGCCCAGCGCGUCUCCUUACACGUCUCCUUACGGGUACUUUAUCAAGACAAGGUUCAGGACCCUUCCUCUGCUGAAAACCUCCGCCAUACGCCAACACUUCACUGCUGAUGCGCCAGCUGAGAGGAGAGAGUGAAAGAAGAACGAGAACCAUUUGAUGGAAAAAAAGAAAAGGCCAGAAGAGAAAACCAAGACGGACGCCGCUCAGAAAAAGGCUGCUGAUCAGAAAACCAAAGUGCCAGCGCCUGCGGCUACUACGCCGAGCCCUGGCCCGCCCCGCCAUCACCUCCAUCCCUCCAGUCCCACGCCGUCCCUCGCUACCUCUUCCCCCUCCUGCGCUUCUUCCGGCAAUGGCAAGCGUGCCUCCGCUGCCGGCCAUACCCCGAGUCCCGGCCCCCCUCAGCAGCAGCAGCAGCAGCAGUGCCAGACGUCCUCAGCCAGCACCCGCUACCCGCCCCGAGAGGUGCCCCCUCGCUUCCGCCAGCAGGAGCACAAGCAGCUGCUGAAGAGAGGCCAGCCUCUGCCCGCCGGACCCCUCGGAGGCCCCCCCCCGCCCAGCGCCACCUCCAGCGACGCACCUAACGCUGCCAAGCGCCUUCCAGACGCGUCCCUCCAGGUCGGCCCUGGUGCCCAGUAUGAGACAUCCCACUGGGGGGCUCCAUCGCCAAUCAACGCCCCCUCCGGAGCCGGCAGCUGGGACAAAGUGAUCAAGGGUCCAGACACAAAUUCCUGGCCGUCCACCGACAGCGACUCAAAGCACUCGACGGCGUCAGAAUGCCCACUGGGCUGGGCUGACGCGACCACAGACAGCAGCGCCACCACCACCACCACCGGUACUCCCAGCAGCAGCAGCAGUACCAGUCUGAGGAUGGCCACGGGGGCCACAGGCCAGCAGGCCCACUACUCCUCCCUGAAGGGGAACGCCAACAUGAUGCCGGGCCCGGGUCCCAUAGGGGCCAACAGCAUGGCCAGCCGCGGCUGGUACUCCGACGGCAAACAGGACAUGAUGAACGGCGGCCGGACGGGCGGACCGCACGGCUGGGGCACGCCCGGCUUCAACCUGAACCUCACCCCUACCGCCAACCCCUCGGCGUGGCCGGUCCUGGGCCAGGAGGGCGGGGGCAUGGGCCCCAACGGGCUGGCCAACACCGCCUCCCUGCCCCACGGGAUGAACGGGAACGUGGCCAACGGGGUCCUGGGCGACCCGGGCAAAGGCAGCUACGGCGGCAUGAUGAGCCCCGACGGUGGCGACAUGCAGCGCACCUCGUCCAGCGCCAAGAUGUCCUACGGCAUGGAGCCCGCCAAGCCCUGCGGCGACGGACCCAGCCACACUCAACGACAGCAGCAGCAGCAGCAGGCCCCAGAGCCCAUGAGCCCCGCCCAUGGGAUGCCCGGCUGGGGGGGCCAGUCCCCUACGGAGUCCUCCCAGCUCAACGAGGAACUCACGGGCAGCUCUGUGUGGGGGGGCGGGGACCCCAAGCCGGCCGACACCUCCAAGGACUCCGGCUGGGACUCCAACCCCUCGGGGGGCCACUCCGGCUGGGGCCGGCAGGGCAGCGGCGGGGGCAGCGGCGGCGGCGGCAGCGGCGGCGGCUGGGGAGAGUGGGGGAAGCCCCCUGGGGGAGGAGGUGAAGGCACCAAGGGGUGGGACUCGGCCGAAGCCGGGAGCCCGGGGUCCGGCCCGGAGCAGCAGCAGCAGCAGCAGCAGCAGCAGCAGCAGGGUUCCUGGGGGCAGCAGCCCGGGAAGGCCCCCGCAAGCGAGGGUAGCGGGGACAGCACCGACGGGCGUUCCCACCGGGACAGGACCUCCAGCAUGGACGUCUCUCCCAUGCUGCCCCGCCAGGACCUGGACCCCAGGGUGCUGUGCAACACCGGCUGGGGCCAGACGCCUGUCCGGCAGCACACUGUCUGGGAGAUGGACGAGGCCGCCGCCGACGGAGAGAAGAGCGGCGGCGGCUCAGACAAAUGGGGGGGCUCCUCCUCCAGCGGGGGUCCCUCCAGCGGCGGACAUUCCAGCGGGGGUCACUCCAGCGGCGGACAAUCCAGCGGGGGUCACUCCAGCGGCGGGCACUCCAACAAUGGCGGGCACAGCGCCGGCGGCCCCUCCAACGGCAGGCAUUCCGACGGAAGCACGGCGCACCUCAACCCAGGCCCCGGCCCCGGCCAUAGGCCAUGCUCCGGGGGUAAGAACGAGAGCUCCGGCGGGCCCUCUGGCUGGGGGGCACCCCCGCCUCAGCCAGCCCAGACCGGAUCGGGAUGGGGUGAACCUCCACCGCCGGCGAGCAAGGCCCCCCACGGCAACAGCAAUGGCGGCGGCGGCGGCGGCAACAACGCCGGCUGGGGCGAGCCCACGCCUGCCAACGGCCCCAAGAACGGAGGCCCCCAGUCCUGGGGCGCCGAGGAGAAGUCCCCCGGCUGGGGCGAGGCCCCCGCAAAGAGCCAGCAGGCCAACUGGGGCGAGGGCCCCAAGAACCCCCAAGGCUGGGGGAACGGCAGCGGAGGCUCCAACGGAUCCAGCACCGGAGAGUGGGGAGAGACGGACAAGAAGAAGAACAGCCCCCGCAACAGCAUGUGGGAGGGAGAGGGCGGGAAUGAUGGAGGAGGAGGAGGAGGGGGAGGAGGAGGAGGAAGAGGAGGCGGAUGGAAGGAUAGUACCAGAGGAGGAGGAGGAGGAGGAGGAGGAGGUGGUGGUGGACCCGGGGGUUGGGGUAAGCCUACCCCGGCCGCGGCACCCAACAGCUGGGGGGGAGAGAACCAGCGGGCCAACGGUCCCUCCCAGCAGGGCGGCUGGGCCUCCUCUAAGCCCCAGGAGAGCAGCAGCAGCAGCAGUGGCAGCGGCGGCGGCGGCAGCGGAGGUGGCAUGGGGUCUUGGGGUGGGCCCGGUACAGUGAAGCAGAGCGGCUGGGGAGGCGGUGGAGGAGGCGGUGGAGGAGGUGGAGGCGGUGGAGGUGGAGGCGGUGGCGGUGGCGGCAAACAGGAGCAGGGUGCAGAGUCCACGGGCUGGGAGGAGCCCUCCCCACCCUCCAUCCGCAGGAAGAUGGAGAUCGACGACGGCACCGCCACCUGGGGGGACCCCAGCGGCAACGGCAAGUCGGUCAACAUGUGGGAUCGCCACCACCCCAGCGGUAACCAGGGUAACGGCGGCCCGCCUCCGCCGCAACAAGGCAAGAACGGCGGCAUGUUCAACAACAACAACAUCCACUCAGUCGGCCCCGGCAACCCCAAUCACAAUCACAACCAGCACCACCACCACCCACCCCCUCAUCACAUGCAGCACCACCACCACUCCGGCCACGGACAACCCCCUGCUCACCCCCACAGCCACGGCAACAACAACGGAUCAACCAACGCCCCCCCACCGCACCAGGGUGGGGGCUCGCAGGGUCGACCCCCCAUCGCCAACCCAGGUUGGGGAGAGCUGCCCAGCAGCGUUCAGGCUAAGUCUGAGCCUGCGUGGGGGGAGCCGGCCGCCCCCUCCUCGGCAGUGGACAACGGCACGUCGGCCUGGGGGAAGCCCCCCGCCGGCAUGGGCAGCUGGGCCGACGGGGGCACGGACCCCUCCGGCCCCUAUGGCCGGUCCCAAGGACCCCCAGGCCCUGCACCCUGCAAGCUAGGCCCCAAACCUAUGCAAGACGGCUGGGGAGGCGGCAGUGAUGAGAUGGGCCUGUCUGGAGGCCAAUGGGACCACACCGACGACGGGGACAUGUGGAACAGUCCCACCUCCCAGGAGGGCAGCUCUCCCUGCAACUCCUGGGGCAACGGCCCCAAGAAGAUCCCAUGCAAGAAGAUGAGCAGCAAGCCAGAUGACGCCUGGAUCAUGGGCCGUCUCAUCAAACAGCUGACUGACAUGGGCUUCCCGAGAGAUCCUGCUGAAGAAGCCCUGAAGAGCAACAACAUGAAUCUGGACCAGGCUAUGAGUGCUCUGCUAGAGAAGAAGACGGAGCUGGACAAGCGGGCCAUGACCAUGUCUGACUACACCAACGGCAUGAGCAAGGCACUGGGCUGCCGGCCCUCCGCCCACCCCAAAGACUCCUCCGAUCGCAGUGCUUUCCUUGACAAGGACGGGGGUCUGUCUGACGACGCCCCCCCCUCACCGUUUCUGCCUUCCCCCGCUCUGAAGCUGCCCGGGUCCAACAGCGGUCUGCCCGGCCACGGUCUGGGACAGGGCGGCCCCGCCGGGAUGGCCAUGCAAAACUUGAACAACAGACAGAUGCCCAGUGGAAUGUUUAGCAGUAAUGGAGCAGCACAAGCCAGGGCCAUGCAGCAGCAGCAGCAGCAGCAGCAGCAGCAGCAGCAGCAGCAGCAGCCUCCUCAGCCACCCGUGCCCCUCAGCUCCGCCCAGCCUAGUGUCCGUGCUCAAGUGCCUCAGUUUCUCUCCCCUCAGGUUCAAGCACAGCUCUUGCAGUUUGCCGCAAAAAAUAUUGGUCUGAACCCUGCACUUUUAACCUCGCCAAUAAAUCCUCAACAAAUGACCCUGUUGUACCAACUCCAGCAACUGCAAAUGGCGUACCAGCGUUUACAGAUCCAGCAGCAGAUGAUGCAGGCACAGCGAAACAUGUCCGGUCCAAUCAGACAACAAGAGCAGCAAGUUGCACGUACAAUCAGCAACAUGCAGCAGCAGAUCCAGCAGCACCAGCGCCAGCUCUACCAGGCCCUGUUGAUGAAGCAGCAGCAGCAGCCUCCCUCCCACCUGUCCUCCUCUUCCUCCUCCUCCUCCUCCUCCUCCUCCGCCGGACUGCACCCGUCUGCCAGCCAAGCUGGGGGUCUCGGAAAGUCCCUCCUGGACGCCUUCCCGGGACAGCACCAGAACCCAGGCCUCUCUGACUCUCUGCACAUCAAAGAGCAGGCCUCCUCCCCGGGCAGUGGCUACAGCUCCUACCCUCUCUCUGGACUCAAUCCAAACAUGAAUGUAAACUGCAUGGAGGUUGGGGGCCUCUCUCUGAAGGACCCCCCCCAGCCCCAAUCCCGUUUGUCCCAGUGGACACACCCCAACUCUAUAGACAACUUCUCUGCCAACUCCACACACAUGGAGAACAACCUCAACAAGCACGGGGCCAUUUCUGCUGCCUCCAGCCUGGGCCCCUCCGGGAAGGGCCCCCAGAUGGAGGACUCCUACAGUCCCUACGGCCUGAUGUCCGGCUCCGACUCCUCCACCAACAGUCUGGGGCCACAGGACAGCUGGGGCCAGUCCAAGAGUCCUAACGAGAAGCCCUCCAACGGGAAACACAUCAACUGGCCCCCCGAGUUCUGCCCGGGUGUCCCCUGGAAGGGCCUGCAGAACAUUGACCCUGAGAACGACCCCAACAUGACCCCUGGCAGCGUGCCCAGUGGCCCCACCAUCAACACCAACAUCCAUGACGUCAACAGAUACCUGCUGCGGGACCGCAAUGGAGGCAAAAUGUCCGACAUGAAGUCGGCCUGGUCCCCGGGGCCCAUCACCCACAGCCAGGCGUCCCUGUCCCACGAGCUGUGGAAGGUGCCCCAGGGGCCCCGUAGCAGCGUGGCCCCCUCCCGCCCCCCGCCCGGCCUCACCAACAGCAAACCGGCGCCCUCCAGCGCCUGGGGGAGCAACUCCCUGGGCCUGGCUCAGGGCUGGAGCAGCUCCUACACCUCUGAAGGCGCCACCUGGAGCACCGACAGCCCUCACAGGACCAGCAGCUGGCUGGUGCUGAGGAACCUCACCCCCCAGAUUGAUGGCUCAACCCUGAGGACCCUAUGCAUGCAGCACGGCCCCCUGAUCACAUUCCACCUCAACCUGACCCAGGGCAACGCCGUGGUGCGCUACAGCUCCAAGGACGAAGCCGCCAAGGCCCAGAAGUCCCUGCACAUGUGUGUCCUGGGGAACACCACCAUUCUGGCUGAGUUUGCCGGCGAGGAGGAGGUGAACCGCUUCUUUGCACAAGGCCAGUCGCUAGGGGCGACCACCACUAGCUGGCAGGCCAACCCGGGAACAAAUCAGACCCGGAUGGGCGGGGCCACGCAGGCCCAUCCCAUGAGCCAGUGGGGCAGCAGCUCCGGCGGGGGCGGGGCCAAGUCGGGCGGAGGGGAGCUGCUAUGGGGGGGGGGCACCCCCCAGUACUCCAGCCUAUGGGGACCCCCCGGGGGCGGAGACGAUGCCCGCGGAAUGGGAAGCCCCUCCCCUAUUCACACUCUGCUGCCUGGAGACCUGCUGAGCGGAGAGUCCAUGUAGGACGGCUCCACUAACCCUAACCCCCCCCACAGCCCCCCACACCGGGACUCUGGGGCUGGGGCCCCCAGUGGAGGAGAAGGAUAUGGGAGAAAAAAAAAACAUAAACGGACAGUACAGUUUCAUCAUGGCCAGGAGAGAAACCCAAGCAAAUCAUGUGGCGAUAAUCAGUGUCAAUGUAAGCUGUUCUGGCCUGCGAUUGGUGGAUCAGAAGCCUGGGGUCUUCACCAACCGUUCGAGACUGCAGACUUCCAGCUCCUCUGAUUCACCUCCACUCUGCUCCUCCUUUUGAGCCUUUUCUUUACUCUGUUCUUUUUUGUACUAUUUGUUCCAUGGAGGGAAGAAAACAAACAAAUGUGACUUACGUUCCGAACCACACAAAGAGAUCCUUUAAGUGUUUUGUUUUGAAUCUCAGUUCACCCAUGGAUAAUACUCGAUGUGAGGUGUUUUUUAAAAAGCAAUCAAAGCUGCCAUUUCAAAACGUUCCUUCUCCCUCAAAACAACAAGAAGCAUAAAAAACCAACCGCUCCCAAACUGAAGACUGAAGAGCGGCCGUGCGCUGCUGGUUCUUCGUGGCCAAUGACGACUCGGUUGAUAAAAAAAAAAAAAGAAAAGAAAAAAACAACAAAGAAAAAAAGACAACACAGACCUUUGUACUCGUUCAUGUUUGUUUCUAAGCACUAAAUAUUAAGCCUUAAGUGCUCUCCGGGCCCAGGUUCCUUCCCAAGGCCCACCUCGUUUCCGUUUGUCUCUGAAGCUGAAGAAGUAGCUGAAUACUUGCACAGUUCCAACUCUGAGCCAGCAGGUGGCGUGGGACACGAUUGGUGACCAACCAUGUUACUGGGGCGACCGAAGAAGAAGAAAAAAAAAAAAGACUGGUCCUAUUGGCUGGCCCUGCCAGUCUGAUUAGUGGUCUCAAAGGGAUUGACACUGCUGUUUGUUUCUGGGUUCGAAUCUGUUGUUGUUUCGUUUGCCAACCUGUAUCGGCAAAAGUCCGUUGUUUUUUUUUGCCCAAUAUCUAUUGCAACUUAAUACGCUGAAAGAAGAUUAUUCGCAGACCUAGCUUGAGUGUUUUUUCUUUUCAUGUGCGUGUGUUUGUACGUUUGUGUGUGUGUGUAGUACACACACACACACACACACGCUUGUUCGUCGGGUGGCAACUAAUCAACGUCUGACAGUAUCCUGUACUGCUCGGACGAACGUGGGCGCCGAUGGGUGCUUCAUCAACUCUGUGAUCUGCCCCCUGGGGACCAGACAGGUCCCCACAUCACUUCACCUUGUUGUGACGAUUAUGACAUUGUGCAAUAUUUACACACACCACAGACUCCUCUUCCUUGCGUUACAAAGUCCACCAAUGACGAGCACUUAACCAUUGGAUCACUAUUUUUUUUUUACCUUUUCGAAACCAUGGGGGGGGGGGUUUUGGAUCUAGCGAAACCAGACACCCAGCCUACCGGGCUGAACACGGAACCCUGAACCCCCCCCCCCCCCCUCCUCUCUUGUUGGACAGACUUUGCAAAGAGGAAGAAGCCAGUGUUGUGCAUUGGUAUAUGAACUGGACUGGAGAGCCUUGAGUGGCUCGUACAUCGCAACGCACAACUUUCCUCCUCAAAGUGUGAGUGCCCCGCGGACAUGACCCCACACAGGCUGACCCCCCCCCCCCCUCCCCCCCCCUCCCGGUCGGGACGGCUGGUUCCGGGUAUCAGGCACAAUACCAAAUAAGAUGGGUUCUCACAAUGCAGUAGACCGACGAGUGUUCCGUGCAUUUGGUACUGUACAAAAAAAAAACUUUUAUAAAUUCAAAGGGUUCACUUAUGAAGAGCAAAGUCGAUUCAACUGCAAUCCAAUAAAUCAAAAGGAGCAGCAAAAAAAAAUACACAAAUGUAACAAAAAGAAGAAAGGUGAAAUAUGCUUCUCCUAUGUACUGUACGUACUCCUGGACGAGCAUCCAAGACGAAGGGAAUCAAAACGAAACUGAACAAUGUUUGACCGCAGUGUUUGAUUUCCCUUCUUUUGGGAGUUUUCCUUUUGGAUUGGUCACGCAACAAUAUCAAAGUGAAGAUCACUGUUACUCCGGACGAGGAGCCUGGUUCUGCUCAGAAGAGCUGCAACGUUUCUGGUCUCCGGCCCCGACCCCCCGUCGCCCAGUUCGAGGGGAGAGGUGUGGGGGGGGGGGGGGGGGGGGGGGGGGCCUACGGGGGCGGGUCCACAGAGUGCCUCUCGAUGCGGUGCCCCCGCUCAGUUUGUCCUGUCAGAAGGGCGACCCCAGCACAGCACUUCCUGUCAGAACCCCCCCCCCCCCCUCCCAAGACCACCAACACAACUUCAGCCUGGCGGGAAAUGGCUGCUGCGAGGCCAGCCCAACGUUUUUUGGGGCCUGGCGCCUCACAAGGCACUUUGGGUCCUGCUUGACCCUCCCUUCCCCUAGCUCCUCCCCUCACCCCCCUAAGCUCCUCCUCCCCAGCUCCCUCCCCCAGUUCUUUGACACAAUGAUCACUUUAGCUUGAAGAUGGAACCGUAAUGUUUAUGGGUUAUUUGCCAAUGGGUUAUCUUUUGUAUGUUUUUUGUCUUCUUUUUUUCAGACUAUCCUUUUUAUCGCUGAUGUGUUCAUGUCCUCAUGUGCGUGCGUGUCUCCAUGCAGUGGUGGUCCGGAGGCUGCUGGUGCAGAACACUGUGUGGGAGGGGCCUCUGUGCGAUCAUCCUGUGUAACUGAAUGCAAAGCGAGGGUCACUACAGACCGUUGUUGAUUGUCUACACUUUGGUUUAUACAAACUGAUCAUGCUUUGUGUUGGACAGUAUUCUGUUGUACCUCCAAGCAGUGUCUUUGAGAUGUGCAAAAAAAGAAGAAAAAAAAAAAAGAAGAAAAAACAAAUGAAAACAAAAAAGGACUAAUAAUGAGCUGUCUCAAGGGGGCUGGAGGGUCUGUUGCUUCAACGCUGCUCCCCCUGUUCCCAGGCUGGCCCCCCCCCCCCCCCCCCCCCCCCCCCCCCCCCUUGGCCCCGCUGCGCUCCACUUAGCUGCUACGCUUUACAAACCCUCUCCUCACCACCUCCCAACAAACUGAUCAAUCCUGUAGUCCCUCCUUUAUAACCACGGGAAUCACGGCUCCUCGCUCUGUUUCUAUGCAAAACACUAGAGUCCUAGAGGAAGCCCAAUGUAACAGCAUCUACUCACGCUGACUAUCAUCAGUACUGCACUCUGACUCCGCCCACGGUUAGACCACACCCCUGACCCCCCCCCCCCCGCCCUCCUCCCCUCUCCCCCUUUUUUUCGCACAACGCUGAAAAAAAAAAAUAAUGGCGACUGUCACGGUCAAAUUCGGGGCCCCCCCCCCCGUGCGCCGAUAUUCCAAACCGCUCGGCUGGGAGGAAGGCCUUUUUGUUGCGUCCGCGCUGACGUCACCUUCUCCAUCAUCUUGAUCUCAGGGUAAGAAGAGUUGAUGAAGCUAAAUCCCAGGCGGCACCGCGCCCACCCCACCCCCUCCACGACGCGGUGGCGGUGGUACUGUGAGAGCCGUUGAAACGGCGGAUCCCUGCGUGAAAAAACUAGGAAGAGGACCUAGCCUCUCGUCUGGAAGACUAUCCUAAUCAGUCACAGUGGAAGGGGUGGAGGGUCCACUAAUCUGUCUCGACCCAAGAGGCUUGCAAUUUCACCGGUUCGUUUGACUGGAAAGGGGUGGUGUUGGGGGGUCCUACAUGCAAGUGACCCCCCCCCCCCCCCCCCAAACAUAUAAAUGUGCCAAUACAAAUGUGCUGUGUGUUCAGAGGGCACCUGGCACCUUGUAGUGGAGGCCCAGCCAGGAGGGGCAGGCCCCACCACUGAGACCCAGUGUGGAGGGUUAUGCUCUUCUGGUUCUUACUGGGUGUGGGGGGCUUGUUCUUGUGAGGUGAGGUGGGGUGGGGGGAGGGGUGGUCUAGAAUGCUAAGGUGCACAGUUGAGGAGGGGUAAUCCCUGGUACCUAUUUUUUUUAAAACCAAAAAUGAAAUCACAUUUUAACAUCGUUUUGAUGAAGUUUGAACGAAAAAUUUAAAUGACAAAACAUUUUUGCAAAAAAAAAAGUUUCCUAAACGAAAAGAAACAAAAAUCGCUAUGCGUUACAAACGUCAUUGUGGUCCAACUGCACUCGCUCCAUCUAACAGGAAGUGGGAGGGCGGAAAGCCUUUUGUUUCUUAGUGGUUGCUGUUAAUUCUGAUGAUCUGUGUUUGUGUCCUGAACCUCUGAACUCUAUAUUUCCCCCCCACCCCAGCUCACCCUGCUUACAGCAGGCCGUGGGGGGGGGGGGGGACAAGGGGGGCACAAGUCAAAUGGUACAAAGUCUUAAAACAAAUGGAGGAAGAAACUAAUUCAAUCAAAGACAAAAAAAAAAAACGACAACAGGAAAUCGUGGAAAAGGCUACCUUGGGGACUGGCGUUCCCGCAGCACACUAGCAAAAAUCACUAUUGCCUGUUUCUGUUACUGCCUUGAUCCGCGCUCAGCCAGACCAACCCCCCCCACCGACCCCCGACAGCAGAGGAGCCCCUCGCAGCGGUGCCACGGGAGUGGCGGACAAUGAUGAGGGACGGAGGAGGGGGCGGGUUGUCGGUACCACGCCCGCCCUCCCUACCACCCACUCUACACCAGCACCCAGAGGCUCUCCUCUCUCCACCUCUGCUGUUUGUACUCGGCAGAGGCUGCGCGCUAUAGGGUGCAGCCCGCUGGGACACUACGGUGUGUGUGUGUGUGUGUGUGUGUGUGUGUGUGUGUGUGUGUGUGUGUGUGUGUGUGUGUGUGUGUGUGUGUGUGUGUGUGUGUGCGCGGAGCACAUCUUCAGGCACCUUGGAUCUCAUCCUUGUCGAACGUGUUUUGUUUUUGGUUGGUCUGUUGUAUUUUGUCUUGAUUUGAAGGCAUCUUAAGCAAUAUGUAUUUCCCCCUGCAAAUAAGUGAUUUGAGGGAAGGGUUUGGGGGGCGAGGGCACUGUGUCUUACCCGCCCAUCUCCUCCAGAAGUCCUGGUACUGUAUGUGAAUUUGGUAGUUUAUUUCACCAGUCUGAAUGUUCGGCCUGAUAUCAACUGGUUGAAUACGUACUUAACACAGGAGAACAAAAUCACAAACAUAUCAACAACGACAAAAUGAGAAACAACAUAUUGAUCACAAAUACUUGAAGGCGCACCAGUACAGUAAUGUGAAGUAUUUAGUUUGUUUCUCUUUACUUUUUUUAUUAGUAGUACAAAUCUGGGCUCUUAGAGGACGCCGGUCUCAAAUCUUGCAUUAAGUUCAACAAAAUGUAAAAAAAAACAACUAAACAUAGUCUUGGUUGCUUGAAAUUACGACGUCUGUAUGAAUGUGAGUGCAAGCAAGUGUGUUUGUGUAUUCAAGGCUAAUAGCCUGCUGUUAUGUGACACUCAAUGAGUUUUGAUUCUCUGUUUUUAUUUGUGUUGCUUGUGGAGAACUAUAUUCUGACCUAUGAUUCUGAUGGACAUUGUUAUCUUCUAAAGUCGCACUGAGUGUCUUUAUCCCCUCAAUCAGUUCAUUGUAGGUGAAAACCACACUUGGUUACGAGGGGAGACUGUGACAAUUCAUGUGUAAAAGUUUACUCAAGGAUGUAAUGGAUUAUUUUCUUUUAUUUGGGUUUCAUUUUCUCUGUAAAAAGUUUUUAUCUACCUUAUAGUGGCUUUUAUUGUGAAAUAAUCCAAAACAAGGAUUAUCAUUGAGUAUUGCACCAUUUUGUUCAAAGGAUAAAAAAAAAAAGAAAAAAAAAACUGUAGCCAUAGCUAGCUGUAGAAGGACUAGUAAUACUUCUGUUAAUGGAAAGAGAUGCAGUGGGAAAUGAGUUUGACUCAUUUCAGAGGUGCCUCUUUGCCGCUCAUACUUUGCAAAAGUCACUGGCCGUUUACAAGCAUUUCAUUGGUCUGAGGUUCAGCAAAAUAGGAAUUCAUUACAGGAAUGUUAAACGAAAAUGUCAAAUUCCAUCUUAUGAAUAUGAAGUUACAAACUUGCAAAGGGAAGAUUUAUGCUUUCAGAACUCUGGGAAUGAUCAGUGUUGUGUCGUACCUUUUAGUUUCCUCUCUUACUGUCCGCCAACGAUCUGUGUGUAUUGAUUUGUAACUUUUUAUGUUCUAUACACGACGCAAAUUUGCUCACUAUCUUGCACACUCACAAUGUGGAUCUUGACUCAGGUAGGCCCGGGAUCCAUUAAAACAGACUCCCGCUGUCGUUUCCAAGUUUAAUGUUUCAUGUGAAAACUGCAACAGAGAGAAUACAAGUUCCAAGCACUGAAGGCUUUUAAGAAUUUACCAGAUAUAGAAAUACAAAAAUAGCAUUGUUUCUUUAAGUGACUAAAAGGAAAAACUUGUAGCAAGUGACAUAUUUACCAAAAAAAAGGACUGAGAAUCAACUUUUUAAAAGUGUUGUGCUUUACAUGUGAAAUCUAUGUAGAAAUUGCUUUACAUUUACAACAAAGUAUCCAUGGUUUGAAUUGUCAAAAAGGCAUUGAUAACAUGCAAAUUAAUAUUGUACCAUUGUUUUUGUUUUCUUUGCAUUUGUAAAGUUCCUUUAUUUCAUUCAGGAGCAUUUUGAUUCAUGAUUUUCCUUUUCGUCUCAAAAUCAUCUCCUGCCUUGUUGGCGUUUAUUCCUAUGGCAGUUAUUUAGCGACUUGAGAGAUUUCCUUAACGUAACAGGUUGAGUUCAGAGAACGGUUAUAUUAUGGAGGACGAUGGCUAUGGUUUGUUUAGUUUUUGUAAUGUUCAUGAUCUAUGCACAAAGGGGGCGGGAGAGAACGGAAGCCUAUAUUGUAGACCUGUGGCCACCUGUCCACUCUGACACCAUAGGGGUCAGAGUUUAAUGUAGGGUCGCAUUUGACUUGUUUUCCUUUUCUUCUCACUCUGAUGUCCGGCCUCCCGUCCCCCUACUCAUUCUUCUACAUGUCCUUAAAUAAUGUCAUACAUUUGGAUGGAUUUGCUGUGUUGUCCUUAACCAAUGAGCGCUUAUUGAUCUGCUGAAGCACUGUGGCUUUUACUGAGAAAAGGAAGCAAAAGCCCAUGACUUAAGGUCUUUUUUUCUUUUCUGUUUAUCUGAACGGUUGGGUGGGGAGGUCUGGGUACGUUGCCUUUGCCUUCCUCUUUUCUUUCAAAAGAAAAGUAAAAUAGAGAAAAGAAAAAACGUACGUAACUGAGAUACAAGGUUGUGGCUUUUAAUGUUGUUUUUUUCCUCCUCCUAGAAUGUGAUUGUUAAGAACAUGCACCAGGAAAAAAAUGUUUCAUGAAUUACAAAAGCUUCUUUCGACUAUAUUAAUAAAUUGCAAUUUUUCUUGGCUGUU